UUUGAUCUUUCAUCAAGAUUUGUUUUUUUGCUUUUGAUGUUUUUUAUAUGUUGGGUUUUGGAUCUUUCAUCAAGAUUUCUGUAUUCUCUUGCAAAUGUGUUACUUGGCUAGAAUUUGGAAUAAUUAAAUUUCCUACUUCGCUUUUCAUUUCCAGUUUUAGCAUUAAGAGAGAUCAAUUGAAUUUUGGAAUGCCUGGAAUUGAAAAAGGAAUUGACUUUUUCCUCCUUUCGUAAAAAUGUUGGAAGCCAAAGAUGGAACCAUUUCUGUUGCUUCUGCAUUUCCUGGUCAUCAAGAAGUUGUACAGGAUAGAGACCACAAAUUCUUAACACAAGCAAUUGCAGAAGCAUAUAAAGGGGUUGAAUGUAAAGAUGGAGGCCCAUUUGGUGCAGUUGUUGUUAGCAAUGAUGAAGUAGUUGUGAGUUGUCACAACAUGGUUUUGAGAAACACUGACCCUACUGCCCAUGCAGAGGUUACUGCUAUUAGAGAGGCAUGUAAGAAGCUUAAUCAGAUUGAGCUCUCAGAAUGUGAAAUAUAUGCUUCCUGUGAGCCUUGUCCGAUGUGCUUUGGUGCCAUCCAUCUAUCAAGAAUCAAGAGGCUGGUUUAUGGAGCCAAAGCUGAAGCAGCCAUAGCAAUUGGGUUUGAUGAUUUCAUUGCUGAUGCCUUGAGAGGUACCGGCUUUUACCAGAAGGCUCACCUGGAGAUCAAGCAAGCAGACGGUACAGGUGCUGUCAUUGCAGAACAAGUAUUUGAGAAGACCAAGGAAAUGUUCACUUUGUAUUAAUUUCUUCACUUUAUUAUUUCAUUACCAGAAACAGACAGCAGUAUGUGAAAUGCUACCCUUUUAAUUUCUAAGCAUGCAUUGUUUGAUUUCAAUAAUCAAGUGAGAAAUAAAAGCUAUAAUUAAUUACAA